AUAUUGUCAAAGUAUUUUUAACUUUAUAGACUCUAUCCACACACAAGAGAGCAACAUCUAUGGAUAUGGAACUCAAUGAGAAUGUCUUCUUAGAGGAAUUACUAGCUCUGAGAAGAGACACUUUUGAAACAACCCCAACAGAAAUGAAUGAACUAUUCAAUAGUGGCUGGAGUUUCGAUUGCUUUGAUCAAAACCCAUCAGCCAUUGCGUUUCCAAACUCUUGCUAUGAACAGAACUUGGAUAGUACCUCCUACACUUUCAAUGAAGUGUAUUGCCCAUAUGGCAAUGAAUUCUCAGCUCCACAGCUCACUGAUUCUUCACUCACCACACUUGAUACACCACCUUUCCCUGUUCAAGAAGACUAUCCAUUGUCCAUGAUGGAAGAAGAACUGGGCAUUCUCGGGGAUGGGAUUCACAACUUGGAGGUGCAAGCUUCUUGCAAAGUAGAGCCAAUUCAGUCUCCAGAAGUCCCAGUUUUCAACAUGGAUACGUGCCUACAGGGAAAGAAUCGAGCUAAGAAGAUACAGGGCCAGCCAUCAAAGAAUCUAAUGGCUGAGAGAAGGAGAAGAAAGAGAUUAAAUGAUCGCCUUUCAAUGCUAAGAUCCAUUGUUCCCAAGAUAAGCAAGAUGGACAGGACAUCUAUACUUGGAGACACUAUAGAUUACAUGAAAGAACUCCUAGACAAAAUCAACCACUUGCAACAAGAAAUUGAAGUGAAUUCAAACGUGAUGGGCAUUUUCAAGGAUGUAAAACCAAAUGAGGUUGUGGUUAGAAAUUCACCAAAGUUUGAUGUGGAGAGGAGGAAUGUGGAUACAAGGGUUGAGAUUUGUUGUGCAGGGAAGCCAGGGUUGUUGCUAUCAACUGUGAAUACCCUAGAAGCAUUAGGCCUUGAGAUUCAACAAUGUGUCAUUAGUUGCUUCAAUGACUUUGCAAUGCAAGCUUCUUGCUCAGAGGAAUUGGAGCAGAGAACACUACUAGGUUCUGAAGACAUAAAGCAAGCAUUGUUUAGAAAUGCAGGAUAUGGAGGACGAUGUCUUUGAAGAUAAAAAGAGAGGAAGAGGAAAAGGGGUAAAGUUGGGUGAAGCUUUUAGAGAUGGGUUUUCAAAUCUCUGUAUUUUCAAUGAGGUUUGCAAGUGAGAGUUGAAGUUUUCUUCUUCUUCUUCUUCUUUUUUGUUUUUUUUUUUUUUUUUCCAGAUUUCAAUAAGGGGUAAUUCCUUGAGAGCUAUGUAAUUUUUGCUUCAAUUGAAGAAUGAAGACGUCUGCUUAAUGCAAAAUUGUUUUUUUGCUCCCCACAUGC